GACUCUGACAGUGGCUCGGCCGACCGAUGACAGCCGAGGCGUCAGUCCUCAGUGCGCCAGCGUGCCGUGUGAAGCGGUCUCGCGCGCGCGUUAACGUGCGGAGCAGCACGCGUGGACAGCCAGCUGUCAAACUCUCUGCGUGUCGCUCCGACGAUUCCCGGUGAAUCCCGCUAAGUGAAUCAUCGCCGGUGAAUCUGUUCCUGAGGGGGUCAAGUGACCGUGCAACCAUAUUCCUGAUUUCCGGUGAAUCGUGUUUCCGUGUCGCGCAACCCCACGUAAUAUUCGUAAUCUCUAUAAAAGAUGUACGUCGUCUUCAACAGCACGAAACCGGCAUCGAGCGGUUUUUAUCGAGAGGUACGUCUGACGCGCGUACGCGAGUUACUCGUAGAGGGAAACGCGUCGUGAAAGGAUACACGGCGUUUUUCAUUCCCGAAGAGUGACGCACGAAGAGCAGCGCUCGCGAUGACGGAGCUCGCCAAGGAGGCGUUCACCUCCCGCAACUACCACUUGGCGGUCGAGCUGUACGAACGAUGUCUGAAGCAGCAGGGAUCGAGCUACGAGGUGCUGCUGGACUACGGCGACUCCUUGGUCAAGUGCGGCCGCGUCAGGGAGUCCAUCGAGAUCUAUUCCAGGUGUUCGGCCGCGAUGUCCGUGCCGGCCGAAAGACUGAAACACCUGGCGACCGCGCUCCUGGAGGAUAUGGUUGGCGUCGGGACGAGCUCCAGACGGAGGUUCGAGACAUCCUUCGCGUGUCCCCUGUGCGAAGGCACCCUCUGUCAACCGGUGACCGCCGGCUGCGGUCACACGUAUUGCAGGAACUGCGUGGAUCCGUCGAAGAACUGUCGCGUGUGCGGGCUUAAAAUCGCUAUGGUGAGUGAAACGAAUGUGCUAGUGCAAAGACUCGUGGAGAGAUGGUGGCCGCGAGAAGCGGAGGCCAGUCGGGCGAGGCACGAGGGUGAUAUCCUCUUGAGGAAGGGUCACCUGGGUCAGGCACUCGAGAGAUACAACCUGGCGGUCCAUCUCG